UGACUGACAGCGGCGGAGCAGACAACCACAGACUCCUGCUUUAUUCCAAAUACUGUGAAGAAGAAAAACAACAAAAAUAAUUCAAGGAUCUGUUCCCAAUUCAGUUUUAGUUACAAUAAGGUGUUGUCUGGAUGGAUUAACACAUUGCAUGCAGCACCGUUUGAAAGGAACAUCUGUCUCCAGCCUGGACCCUCGCCCCGGACCCUCAUCCCGGCCCGCCCUCCACAACAAUGAACUCCUCGCCACACGGCUCCCGCGCCUCCAUCGACAUCCUGGAGGAACUCCAGCUGAUUGCUGCUCAGAACCUGGAGAAACUGGACAUCAACAAAUACUAUGAGGUGGUCUGUGAGCUGGGGAAGGGCACGUACGGGAAGGUGGACCUGGUCGUACACAAAAUCAGAGGCACUAAAAUGGCCCUGAAGUUUCUGAAGAGGAAGACGACGAAGCUGAAGAGUUUCCUGAGAGAGUACAGCAUCUCCCUGUACCUGUCGCCCUGCCCCUUCAUCAUCAACAUGUACGGCAUCGCCUUCGAGACCGACGAGUACUACAUCUUCGCUCAGGAGUACGCGCUGGCAGGAGAUCUGUUCGACAUCAUCCCUCCACAGGUGGGUCUUCCUGAGUGUGUGGCGAAGCGCUGCGUCCACCAGGUGGCGAUCGCCCUGGAUUACCUGCAUUGUAAGAAACUCGUGCACAGAGACAUCAAACCCGAGAACAUCCUCAUUUUCGACAAAGAGUGUCGCAAAGUCAAGCUCUCAGACUUUGGCAUGACGCGGCGCGCCGGCUCCCCGGUGAAGCGCGUCAGCGGCACCAUCCCAUACACGGCGCCCGAGCUGUGCGACACCUCGCGGCACGAGGGCUUCUGCGUGGACUACAGCACGGACGUGUGGGCGUUCGGCGUGCUGCUCUUCUGCAUGUUGACGGGGAACUUCCCCUGGGAGAAGGCCAUGCCAAACGACACCUUCUACGAGGAGUUUGUGCGCUGGCAGCGGCGCCGGACAGGCACGGUGCCGUCGCAGUGGCGCCGCUUCACCGAUUAUUCUCUCCGAAUGUUCCGAAGGCUCCUCUCCAUUGAGCAGGAGCGCCGCUGCUCCGUCAAAGAAGUCUUCAGCUACUUCAACCAGAGCUGGAUGCUGGACACGGAGAACGGGAACGGCUUGGCGAGCAGCGCGGCGCCCCCUCUGGACAUCAGCUCGUCGUCGUCUGAGGAGAACGUGUUGGUGGACCGGCUGAAGCACCAGAGCCUGUCCCCCGCCUGCAUGGCAGCGAAGGGGAGCCUCAUGAUGGACACACACUUCUCCUCCGUGUCCACGAACAGCUCGCCCUCCUCCACCGGCAGCUACGAUCGCGUCAACAGAGAGAACAACGAGAGAGGGCGCCACCUGGUGGCCACGCCCAUCGAGAUCUGCGUCUAGAGGCGCUGGACGCUGCGUUUCAUGUGAGGAGGGGGAUUUCUCUGAGGUAGAGGAGCAAAGAGCGGAUCAAAAAGUCGUCGCCUCGCUGCUGAUUUACUCAUUUCUGAUGAAGACUCGCUCUGAGGAAAUGAGCAGAGAGCCUCCUGUAUGUGCUCGAUACUUGGGAUACUGAAAUGGACGACCUGUUGAAAAAAUAAUGCUGAAGGACAAAUACAAAAACAAAGACAUUCACAAUCCACGAGCAAUACGAAAAUGAUCCAGUCCAUGCAAAAAAUAAUUCUCGAUCGGCUUUCAGUAAAAACAUUUCUUUAUGGUACUUUUGUGUGUUUAUAGAUAAGUGUUAUUUCUUAGUAUGUGUUUUUUUUAUUUGGAGUUCAAUUAUUUAUUUAAAGCAGAUGCAUAUAUUUAUGAUUUGUAAGAGGUUAGAAGCCUUUUGUUUUACUCUGGCUUUCCCUGAGAAAAAAAAUGUAAUUACUGUAGUAUGGUUUUUUUAAAUAUUCGUCAUCAUGUUGUCGUGAUCUCUCACCAUAAUGUCCUCUCCCAUGUUUGCCUGUGAUCCCUCUUGUACAGCAGCAAUCCAUACAUGGUACAUUGUUUUCUUUGGGUAAAAAAUACAUAAUAAUCAGCUAUUUGGUAGAAUGACACGCGGGAAAAAAGUAAGAAUUUUUCUGAUUUUUCAAUUUGCAUGGUUAAAGAAGACAAUAGUAUCUUUCAUUGAGGAAGUAGCAUAAUUAUCUAACAAGUGAUUCAUUUGGACUUUCUUCUUCUCCGAAAAUAAAUAAAUAAAAGAAACAAUCAUUGACAUUAAAAUUGCUGAUUGAAUACAAAUAAAUACAUACAAUUCUGUAAGGAUUUGGGGAUGUUACCUGCCCUAUUAAAUAUGUAUUCUGUUGUUUUUAUUGCUGUUUAAUUUAAAAGUAAAACCCUGAACGUGUCAAACAUUUGGGAAUUCAAAUGUUUACUUUCUGUUUUCCAUAAGUAUUGCAUGUUCAUUCCUGUGGUGACAUUUGUUGAAAUAAACACCCCCAAAAUUAAAUUGGAGCCAAUUUGUCUUUUUAUUCCUUUUUUUAUAAAGGUUUAGCAUUUCUAGAAGAUUUGCUUCCACUCUGAUUCUUAAUAUGAUGUUUAUUCAUAACGUUCCUAAAAUGAAGGUAACAUAUUUAAAACAGUCAUAGUGUAGUAUUUCAUCAAGAAAUAUUCAAUGUGUCAUAAUAUGAUAUUAAAAAGUCAAAAGAAAAUCACAGCAGAUUUCUUAAUUAAAUGAUCGUCAGUCAUAAUGUCAUAUUUUAUAGAUUUCUCAUAAAAAAUGCAUAUUAUCGUAUACCAUACAUGUAAGGUGUCAUUUAAAAAAGUAAUAAUAGAGUAAGUCAUACAAAUAUCACCAAAAAGUAUAGUUUCAAAAAUAUUAUCAAAAUGAAUGCAUGUCAACAGUCAUUGUACAGUUUGCAUUAAAAAAAUCAAUAGAAAUCCUUUCAAUAGUAUUUUAUAAACACCUGAUUAGUAAAGUAUGGCAUAGAAACAUCCUAAAAAGUGAGUUAGUAUUUCAUAAAAUGCUAAAAAUAAUAAAGUAUGUAAAUAAUUAUCUAAAAGUGUAGCAUCAUUUGUCAUAUUUAUUUUAAAAAGAGAUGUACAUAGUGGGUCCUAAUAUUAAAAGAAAA